AUGACGAGUGACGGGGCACUUCCAGUUGCUCGACCACUGAGCCAUGCUUCACUUCAAAGCAAUACCACUACCUCUCACUCUAUAACAUGUCCUGAUCCUAGUGCUCAUGCCGCCCUUGAGAGGCAAGCCAGGCUUCAAGAGACUGCUUCUGUUGCUGCGCUACUCGUUACAAGGGACCGGAAAGAAUCCAACCCAAACCCGGACGUCAAGCUGUCAUCAGCCAGCGCUGCAGCCAGCUUAAAGUACGCAAAGCCUCAAGAUCUGCCAGCUUUUCCAGUUGUUGGUGUUGUAGACGCCUCAGCUUCCGCUAGUAAGGCGGCCUUGCUUGCAAACGCAAACCCAACUGAAGUAAACUGGUGGAAACCUGAACAGUCAGAAGCCGCCAGUAAGGCUGCAUUGCUUGCGCACGAUCACAAGAUGGCGCCGAUGUGGCAGCCAGAAGCUAGUGCUGCUGGCUCCAAAGCUGCUCUUCUCGCUCACCGCGAUGGCCCAAAAUUGGAUUUAUGGCAACCAUAUGCGAGUCCCGCGGGGAAUUCUGCGGCCGGCGCAGCGUUGAGAAAAUGCACCAGCAGUCCCGCACCACCUCCAGCAGACUCUGUUGCUGACGACCGACGGCGAAAGGCUCUGAUGGCUGCAAGGGGCGCAUACUCCGGCAGCCAGCGACGGCGAUCGGGUUCUACGCCAACACUGCCUACGUAUCCUGACUCCGCAAACUCGGCACACAAUGCGCUGAGUGCCGCUACCAUUGUUCACCGUAAUUCAACAAGGCUUGCCAAUUCACCGCUUGCCACCACGCAAGGGCCCUCUAAAGGAGCACUGAACGCCGCUCGUGUACAAAACAUUGGUAAAAACGUAGAUAGAGAGAUGUUUGGUUCAGCUCCACCGUUCGUUCUUGAGGCCGAAGAAAAGAAGCGCACCGACGCUCUCCGCGCCUCCGCUAUUUCCAUGGCACAAGGAAUGUAUACAUUGGCCGAAGACCGUAGACACAAACAGGAAGCCUUGGACUCUCAACGAAGCACAGGGUUAGCCGCAGCCACCAGCGUGCAUGGACGUAGCCAGUCGACAUCUUCGCAAGAUAUUAGACAGCAAGCGCUUCAGUAUAUUCACAUUCAAGACGCUGCACAAAAGCUAGCCGCGGAACGGCUAUCAAAAAUAAAGGUGGAUGAUAGUGCUGCCUAUCGAGACUACUAUGGAUAUGGAAAACCAGCGCCCCGCUCGCGUCUCUCCGUCCGCAGGCCCAACCGGCGACGUGCCUCCAGCGAGGGCGCUGCCAAUGAUGAUUCUUCCGAUGAAGAGCAAUCUCGUAGAAUACGCAACCAGAUGUCCAUAUUCAACAACCAGGUCCAACAAGUCGACUCCCGAAAACGCCAAAAAGACAGGGAAGCAGUGUUGGCCGCUGCUGAAAAGAAGGUUCACGCGCAGAUGCAUUCUAUGGAUGAGAGGGUUUUCAAUGCUACUGGAAAGAUGUCCCAAUCAAUGAUCGACGAAUGGGAUGCAAAGGCGCGUGCCAAGGCAACAGCGGAGAGCCAGUCUCGGAUGGAGAACCAUGGCAAAGUUGACAUUGGAGGUGGACGAUUCAUGGACCAAUCUGAGAUCGAUGCCAUUGCGUCAAGUAGGAUGCAACCUACGCUUGAUGACAUCAAUGAUCAAGCCGAGAGGCGCAGGGCUCGUGACGAGGAGAUUCGAUUGGACAUUGAACAGAAAAGACGCGAGUUGAAUAGAGAGAAAGAACGUGAGGCCGAGCUCAAGGCCGAAGAAAAGCGUCUCAAAGACGAGGACAAACGUCGUUCCAAGCUUCAGAAGCAAGAAGAGAAAGAAUUCGCGAAAGCCGAAAAGGAAGCCGAAAAGGCCCGCAAAGCAGAAGAGAAACGUCUCUCAAAGCACGAAAAGCAACAGUCUAAAGAAGCUUCUAAACCCACCAUCGCGACUACUACCACGCCCGAGCCCACCGAAGCCCGCGCAAGCAGCAUUUCCACUGCAGAUCCCCCUUUCGUCGACGCCUCGUCUACUGCAGCCCGCGACUCCAUUGCCACCGACCCUACAACGCUCGCCAGCGUCGAGCCUCGUCCAGAAGAUCCAACAAGCCCCACCAGUCCGACCAAGUCCGAUGGCGGCCUUCGCAGAUUGAUCACGAAGCUAAAGCGUCGCUCGAAACACACGCCUUCAGCUUCCAACGAUGCUGUCCCCACUUCGCCCGCAAAGGCAUCCUCGUUCGUGGGCGGCGCUGCUCUCACUGGCGCUAAAUCACCCGACGAUACUGCCACCGCAGAUAAGGACAAAAAUAGAGCCAUCGACGAACCUGCACGCGGUCGCUCGCCAUCAAUCUCCAGCCUCAGUUCCUCGGAUCAAGGCGAGUCAUCAGUAUCUGUAAAGAAGCCCGUGCGCGAACUUUCUGAUGACGAGAGCGACGAGGACAGGGACAAAGUAGACUCGAGCCUUGUUCCGCCGCCGAAGUUCAAAGAGGAUAAUAUUGGCACAGGGGCGAUCCGGAAAAGUGGCAGUCCCGUCCGGGGGACUAUCUUCAAGGAGGAGUUUUGA